UAGAUUAGAUACAAGCAAUGAGAGGAAAGCAGCGGGACUCUAAUUCGUCACAGUCCAGGUGAGGUGGUCUGGCAAGACAUUUUACAGAAGCAAGCAAAGAUGAAGUUUGAGGAUAUUCUCUCAGAGAUCAAUGGUUUUGGAACCUUCCAGAAGACUUUGCUGUUAAACAAUUUCAUAGGCCGCUUUGGCCUUGCUUGCCACUUCAUCCUGAAUAUCUUUAUUAACGUCAUUCCAUCUCACCACUGUGACUUCAACGCUCUGGAUGCUGAUGGUGUUUUUGGGAAUCUGACUUAUGAGCAGAGAUUGACUGUCAGUAUUCCACAACGUGAAGAUGGAACCUUUGACUCCUGCCUCAUGUUCUCAGAACCUCAAUUUGACCUGCUGAAGAACAUGUCCAGUCCUACAGAACCUCCUGUGGUCCCGUGCCAGAAUGGAUGGAUAUAUGAUAACAGCACAUUCACCAGCUCUCUGGCCACUCAGUGGGAUCUGGUAUGUGAGAAGGCCGGGAUGAAUAAAGCUGUGGUGACCAUCUUCUUCCUUGGGGUGAUGUUUGGAGCGACUAUGUUUGGGAGCCUAAGCGCUACAUUUGGUCGUAAGAAGAUGCUCCUGGUGUCGUACAUCUCAGCGAUGGGCUUUGCAUUGGUCAGCGUCUUCUCUUCCUCCUUCACCAUGUUUGCAGUGUUGAGAUUCUUCACUGGGUUGAGCAUCACUGGCAUCGUCAUCAUCUCCACUAUACUCAAUGUGGAGUGGGUAGACAUUGAGCACAGGAAGCUGGUGGGUGUGAUUGACAGCAUGUCAUGGAGUUUUGCAACAAUGUGCUUCUGUCCGAUUGCCUACUGGAUUAGAGAGUGGAGAUGGCUGACUGUCGCUGUGACUUUACCAAUCAGCAUUUCCAUCAUCUCCUGGUGGUGGAUUCCAGAGUCUGCACGGUGGCUAAUAGCUAAUGGGAAGGUAGAAGAAGCUCAUUAUUAUCUUCGGAAAUGCGCUAUCAUGAACCGCAGAGAGGAAUUCAUCUCCCACAUCAAACCUGAGGUGCUCUCCAGUAUCGUGGGCACAGAUGGAGAAAACAGGAAGUACUCAUAUCUGGAUCUGGUGAGGACUCCUAAGAUGAGACGACUGGCCCUAAUGACUGGCCUCACCUGGUUUUGUGUUGCUACCGUUGCCUAUGGAAUUGGAUUCAGUAUUGGAAGUCUUGGUCUGAACCUGUACCUCACUCAGUUUGUGUAUGGAGCCAUCGAGAUUCCUUCUAAACUCGGUGUGUACUACCUGCUCGACCGGAUCGGCAGACGGACCACAGUGGUUGGAGCUCUGCUACUGGCUGGUUUUAGUCUCAUGAUUAACAUAUUCAUUCCCAAAGAUCAGACAGUGGUUCGGACGGUCAUAGCCGUGCUGGGUCGAGGCUUCUCGGGUGCCUCCUUUAUGACAACAAUAUUGUACAGCUCUGAACUGUACCCAACUGUUCUCAGGCAGAACGGGAUGGGCUACAACUCCUUCUUGGCUCGACUGGGCGUGUCUGUGGCUCCUCUGAUCCUCCUGCUGGACGAUGUGUGGGGUCACCUGUCCCAAGUGAUUCUGUGUUCUGUGGCGUUGUUUGCUGGUUUGGUCGCCUAUCAGCUGCCUGAGACCCGAAACAGGUGUCUGCCUGAGACUAUAGAGGACAUUGAGGGAACGAAGCAAAAGCUCAGUGAUAUCAUUUCAGAGUGAUCAUUUGGGGACUUUUUUCAUUUAAUGUUUAUUUCAAAGGAUUUUAAGAGAAUAAGAUCAACAUUGAUAUGGGAUUUUUACCCUGCAAUAUGGACCUGUCAUGCUUAAUACAUCACUGUUUGAAAUCAAAUCAAAAUCAAAUCAAUCACGGGUGCGAAGGUAAGUGCAAAUCGUAGGUGUGUGUGGACCCUUUGUAGGACUUAAAUACAAAAAGUAAUACAUGCA